AUGGCGGCAGUCAACAUGGGCAGCAAAAUAACAGUUAAACGAGGCAAGGAGAGAACAGAUAGUUCUCUGUUAACUUUAAUCUGUUGGUCAUCAACAGGUCAGAUGGGUGGGGAAGGUGAGAGCCAAGAAGACAAGAGUGAGGCUGAGCAGGCAGAACAGGAGCGUUUGGAAGCUCUACAGGAAGCAGAAGACAGGAGGAAAGAAAAACACAGAAAACUUGAGGAGGAAAGAGAAAAGAUGAGGCAGGAAAUCAGAGACAAGUACGGGAUUAAAAAGAGGGAAGAAAAAGAAGCAGAGAUGAACCAAGCUAUUGCAGAAGGGGGUCUCAAUCGGAGGAAAAAAACCCCUGCAGAACUUGCUGCGGAACAAGAAGCCGAGGAACUGGAUGACUUCACAAGUAAGUCUACCAUUUGUUUCAAGGAAGAUUUAAUGGCUUAG